CACCGCUUCUGAGUACUCUACAUCCACGUUUGUAUUUCGUUUCUUCACGCAUCUGAGUUCUUUUUACUUAGAUUUCUUCACGGUGCAAUACCUGCACGUCCAUCAAUAUUCUAAGUACUUCUAGUUACACGUCGUGAAAGAGUAAAAUGGUCUUGUGUUGUUGCGAUUCGACGUCCAAGUCAGGACGUUCUAGGCCAGUAGACGAAGAGCUCGCGCCGAUAUUGGACUGGCGCAGCGUUUGUUUUUUCGGAGAACAGCAUUUAAGGUGCUAGUAAGAACACUUCUCAGUGUUACCUGCGUUCUUGAGAAAGAUGAAAAAGACUAGAUAGACUACGAUAGGCUCUAAGGUCAGUGGCCCGACCAGGUUUACCGGCUUUGCUGCGCAUCCGUCAAAAGUUUUGGUCGUUUCCUGGUGACUCUUAUGUUGUGCACGACCUAAAUGCCGACAAUCGUCCUGUCUUCGAGGCCAGGAGAGAGCAGGGUGACGGAACGCGAUUACUGCAUCUUCUAGGUGGACGAGCAGGUAGCACUACAAGUGCUAGUCGUGGUAGUGGUGCCUCAUCUGAUGUUCCCGGCCAAGUAGGAGAGGCUGCAUCUUCACCAAGAGACGACGGCGGGAACUACAGGAAGAACAGCAAGACGAACCAACUAACGCAAUACCAACUGGAAGAAAACAGGCAUCGAGCGGAAGUUCUCAGUGCGGCGGCGCAACGUGUAAUCUAUGACUGUGCUACGGGAGAGCCUAUUUUUCGACUGGCACCUGCAACCACGUGGUCCCUCGCAGAUUUGUUUUUACGACAACUACUGCGUUUUUUUUCGGAAUAAUUCUUUAUUUUGCUUCUUAUACUUUCUUAAAGUAGUAGUUUUUGGAAGUGACUUUUUUUCAUGCCGCGCCAACCAACGAACAUCAUUGAUGUGAAAGAAUUCAUUGAAGAUAAUUCUGACGCUCAAAUGAAACUGUCUAACUUCCGUUCGUGGACAAACAGUGCAGAGACUCACGCCCUUGAAGAAGCCGCCACCGGGGUCACCACCAGGUAGCGCAUUGUCCUUGUCUCGCUAUUCAGCGGUCUCCGGAGUAAGACCAAGCACGACGCCAGCAGGACUCGGACAACCACUCACGCCUGCGCAGGAAGUAACAGAGGACGUAAAUGUGCAGUACCUUGAGAAGGAAGAAAGUCAAGUGUGCAAGGUAUAGUUUUUGAUUGUUUACGAGAAAGCAAAGCAAUAAGAGAUACGUUGAAGUAAGUGGAUAAUGAAGAUGUGGCAUUUCUGGAUGAACAUCAGUCGCCCCUGGGAAGAGCAUCAGUCCUUCUCUCUGUUUGCAAACACACGACUAGUUGUAUUAUUUAAUCCCUCAAAACAAACGAUCACGUUACACCAACACCAGGUCCAGGCAAAUUGCCCUAACACAUUGCAGUGGACUUCAGGCCUUAACUCUCCCUUUACGGAUGACGCGGUGAAACUUCAUUCAGAACUUUCCUUCUGGGCAUACAAUUAUGGUUGAAUUCUGAGCCUUUGCUUACGUGGUCGGUCGGUUGGUUGGUUGGUUGGUUGGUUGGUUGGUUGGUCGGCCUGGGCCGGUCAACCGACGAGACAAUUCAUUAUUUCAACCAACCGACCAACCGACGAGACACUUCAUAGGACGAACAGUCUCUACUAUAGGCAGGGGCAUACACAUGACAUCUACUACAAGCAUAGAACAUGAUCGCCAACAACUACGGCUUACAACUUUUGACUAUAAUAUAAACAGUCUUUGCUUACGUGGUCUACUCUUAUUUCCGUAUACACAGGUCUCGUCUAAUCUGUAGGUGGUAGUCUAUGGCUAGGCGGGAGUGGACCAAGAUCACAAGGAAGCGUUUGCGUGGCGAAAGUUUAUUCGCCUUUAGCGUGGAAAAACUUCGUCUAUCAUGGGCACGACUAUCACGGAAUGGCAGGAAGUUUCGCUAGAGAUGACUACAUAUUAUGGCAAUCGAGAGAUGAUUACAUAUUAUGACGCUUAAUAAAGCACAUAAAGAAAAACAACCGGUGAGUUUUCCCUCAUAAACCUUAGGUUAGUCCUUUCAAACAAUACAUCACUCAGACCAUCUGUUUCUCCUUUACUAUGCCAUCGUAUUCAUGUUGGUUUAUAAUUCGAUUGCCGUGGAAAGUGAAAGCCUGUUGUUCCUCAAUCAGGCAGCAUUGUUACUUCACACAUGCUGUACGAUGAAGACCCUCUUUUCGGUCCACGAUCUAAUAUCAGUCGAGGUUGCCCCUGGUAUGGACCUGGCGCUUAUUUUGGCUUACGUCUUAUGCUACGACGAGAUGGACGACGAUUUACAAGCAGAAGACGAAACACACACAAGCUACUACGAGUCAUCGGAGGGUGAGCCACCAUCUUCGAGAGAAGACCUCGUCUCAUGAUAGAUUAUGCGACUCCUCGAAGAUAAUGCUAUUCCUAUUGCUAGUACUAUACAGUUAGUUGCGCAAGAAGAACUUUCCCAUGAACUCACAAAAUGUCCUCAAGAACGCACUCAUCUGUGCAACAUGAUUAGAUACUGAACUAUGAAUGAAGACGAAUACCAAGAAGCAAAUUCUGAAUAGAGAAUGCACAGUUUUGGUUGAUGAUUCAAUGCCAGAGUUAGUACGACCACAGAGGCUCCUUAGGUGAAAAUAAAUGAACAUGAAUCGAUAGAGCGAGAGUGUAGCGUCAACACUUGCUGGUCAAUUGGCUGGUCAUUAAUUUGAAGUCUAUCUA